AUGCCACCUGCAAUGCUACCCACGUGUUUGCAAUUUUCAAAUACAUCGGUUGGUUUCAUCUGCCAUUUCGUCGGUGUGUCUUGUUGGGACGGCCGACCGAACCGUCUGCUCAGCCUUCAGCUUCGGGACAUGAGCCUCGCCAGUGAAAUUCCAGACGCUUUACAGUAUUGUCAGAGCCUACAAACUCUCGAUCUAUCCGGUAACAGUCUCUCCGGUUCGAUCCCUGCUCAAAUUUGCAGUUGGUUCCCUUAUUUAGUUACCCUGGACUUAUCAAACAACUCUUUAACCGGUUCAAUCCCUGCCGAUCUUGGUAAUUGCUCGUAUUUAAACAAUUUAAUAUUAUCAAACAACAAAUUAUCUGGCAACAUACCGCGUCAAAUUUUUAGUUUAAAUCGGCUUAAGAAAAUUUCUGCUGCUAAUAAUGAUUUAUCCGGUGAGAUUCCUCCGUUUUCCAAUUCAACAAUUAUUCCGGAUGAUUUUGCUGGAAAUAGUGGACUAUGCGGUGAUCCCCUAGGGAGGUGUGGUGGUUUGAAUAAGAAAAAAAUUGGCAAUGAUUAUUGCGGCUGGAGUAUUAGGUGCCGUGGCAUCAAUGUUGUUACAGUUUGGAGUGUGGUGGAGGUAUUUACGAGGUGCCGUGGCAUCAAUGUUGUUACAGUUUGGAGUGUGGUGGAGUGUGGUGGAGAUACUUACGAGGUUGAGUCGGAGAGGCUAGCUAUGGGAUUGGGAGAGACAAUACUGGUGGUUUGGGCGGAAAGAUUGAGGGCUCAUAAGCUUCGCUCAGGUAUCUUUGUUUAG